CCGAAGGAGACAGCUAUAAUAAGCAGGGAAAGUUUGACAACCGGCGGUUCCGCUGUUGUUCAAAAACGUGGAUUUUAAGAAGAUACUGUAAAACGUUUCAGAACAAAUACUCUGCAGUCCUCGGAGGCUUUCGUGUGAUUCUGUUGAAGCUUAGUAGGUAGCAUUCAGUCAAAAUGGGUGACUGGAGUGCUCUAGGAAGACUUCUUGACAAAGUCCAGGCCUACUCAACAGCAGGAGGAAAGGUGUGGCUUUCGGUUCUUUUCAUCUUUCGAAUCCUGGUCCUGGGGACGGCAGUCGAGUCGGCCUGGGGGGAUGAACAAUCUGCUUUCAAGUGCAACACUCAGCAACCAGGUUGUGAGAAUGUCUGCUACGACAAAUCAUUCCCCAUUUCCCAUGUCCGCUUUUGGGUCAUGCAGAUUAUAUUUGUCUCAACCCCAACACUACUUUACCUUGCUCACAUUUUCUACCUUAUGCGAAAAGAGGAAAGAUUGAAUAAGAAAGAGGUGGAACUGAAAGCGGUCCAGAAUGAUGGUGGCGACGUGGACCUGCCCCUCAAGCAGAUUGAAAUCAAGAAGUUUAAGUAUGGUCUGCAGGAGCAUGGGAAGGUAAAGAUGAAGGGUGCCCUCUUGCGCACCUACGUUGUGAGCAUUAUCUUUAAAUCAUUCUUUGAAGUUGGUUUCCUGUUGAUACAGUGGUACAUUUAUGGGUUUAGUCUGGAGGCUGUAUAUACCUGCAAGAGGGAUCCAUGUCCACACCAAGUAGACUGUUUCCUCUCUCGUCCUACUGAGAAGACCAUCUUUAUCAUCUUCAUGUUAGUGGUGUCUUUAGUGUCCUUAGUGUUGAAUGUGAUUGAGUUAUUCUAUGUCUUUUUCAAAAGCAUAAAGGAUCGUGUGAAGGGAAAAAGAGAUCCUUACUCAUCUAGUGGUGCAAUGAGCCCGACAUCUAAGGACUGUACCUCUCCAAAGUAUGCCUUCUACAAUGGCUGCUCCUCUCCCACCGCCCCCUUGUCUCCCAUGUCUCCUCCUGGGUACAAGCUUGCCACUGGGGACAGGACCAACUCAUGCCGCAACUAUAACAAGCAAGCCACUGAGCAGAAUUGGGCCAAUUACAGCACCGAACAGAACCGCCUAGGACAAACUGGCAGCACCAUCUCCAACUCUCACGCACAAGCGUUUGACUUCCCUGAUGACACCCAUGAUAAUAAGAAACUAGCACCUGGACAUGAGCUCCAUCCUCUGGCUCUCAUGGACCCCAGGCCCUUGAGUAGAGCCAGCAGCCAAGUCAGCAGCAGAGCUAGACCAGAUGACCUUGAGGUCUAGCCCUAUUCACUUUAGAGAAUAUAGGCAUUGAGGUGUCUUUUAUGUUCGAAAGGGGUGGUACUUUCCAUUUCAUAGUUUCGACUAGGAACUAGUAAACUCAGAGACAUAAUAUACUUACACUGUUGGAGGUACUAUCCAUUAUGAUGACAUCAAAACUAGGGGAGUUAUCAAGUUGAUACUAAACAAAAUGCCAGCAGGGGACAGCGAGUACAAUACAAACAAACACAUUCAAAUAGUCCCAGUUUUUUUCUUUAGAAGAUGAAGCCUUGGUGAUGUGUCUCAUUUAUGCUGGUUUGGUAGAGAGAGAGAGAGAGAUUUUUUUUCUAUGCCCACACAAGAACAUUCCAUUUUGAGAUUUUGCACUUUGAUGUCACACUGCCCAACAUAUCAUAACUCUUAAAAUGGUUUAAAGCAAUGCCUACAUUUUGACUCACAUAAUCACUUCCUGAAACCCUGCAGAAUGACCUUCAUUCUUUUGAAGUUUCCAACUAUAUGCUGUAAAACAAAUGGGUUUGCAUUAAAAUGUAUUUAUUAGUUUAAAAAUGCAGGACAUCCACCACUAGACAAUGAAUGACUACUAAUUUAGGUCAUUACCAUAUUAAUAAUAUAUAUGAUUUCAAUAGACCCACUCACCAUAUUUAUUGAUUAAUGUUCCCUGUUUAAAAAAAUAUUGUUUUAUUAUUAUUUUUUAAUUAUAGAUUACUUUAAUUUCCUGAUAAACUUUGAAUUUAUGUGGGGUAGUUUUAUUUGUUUGUUGUCUUUGAUUUUGUGAAACAGUGGGCAUAUACACAGUGUAAUAAACUCCUGCUGUGUAAGUAGGGCACACCUUUUUCUCCAUAUAACAUAUUUCCCUUAUAUUCCCAGAAGGGAUAAUGGUUUGUUUUUAAUAUAUGGUAUUUGGGUUUUUGCUAAGCAUUAGCAAUUUUUUUUUUUGUUAUUAUUAAUUUUUGGUGUGAAUGUUUUUUUUUUUGUUUUUUUAAUGAUGUAAUCAUUACUGUGUGAUAGAUAUGUAGUACUGUAAAUCAAGCUAACUAUGUCACUAAUGUGAGAUUUUAGAAGAAUGCUUUUAGAGCUGGACUAAUGUUUAGUCGAAAAUAAAAGAUAUACGCCAGUGUAGCCCAUUAUUCACCAAACACUUUUGUGGAAUUUUAGUUUGAGCCUUUUUUAAAGACAAUGUAACUUUUCAUUAUAGUAUUUUGUACGACUGGGUACUGAAAGUCAGAAGUUCUUGAGCUACAAUGGUGUUUGCACUGAGACUUUGGUUAGGAUGCAUUAUGAUGCGGAAGGGUGCUUAUUGUUAAUAGUAUGCAUGUUACUAAUUUAUUCUACAAUACACCAGACUGAAAAUUCACUAUGGUCAAUUAUUUCUGACUUUUCCAAUGCAUUUCAAUAUUAUCUUCAGAGCAACAUGCAAGGUAUCUUCAUUCACAGAGCAGGCCUGUUGUACAGCAUGUUCAUUUGAUAUUCCAUUAAAUCCACUGUUGUGCAGUGCUUUAUUGCAUGUUAGCAACAAAAUGCCAUUAAUCAUCUCUAUUUUAACCAAUAAAGAUAUUUUUUUCUUCUUAAAAA